AUGGGAGACGAAAUUGAAGAUUUCGUCGGAGUGUCAUACGUGGAUCUGCUGAGUAAAUCUUUGACCAGAUGUAUCAUAGACUGGAAAUGUUUCGGAGAAAGAAUAGUAUCCGAAACUAACAAGAAUAACUUAAGAAUAGCUCUGAUUCAGUAUUGCAGAGGACAGAGGGAAAUAUUUUUAAAGUUAAAAGUCCUUUUCGAUUUGGUUAAGUAUCAGAAGAAUAUAGAUAAAAUGUUGCAGUAUUCGACUCAAUAUGAUGAAUAUAUUGAGAAUUCUAUACAAGAUUUAUCAAAGAACAUAUGUGUCAUUGAGAAUAACAUAAUGCCGGCGCCAAAUGUAUCACUGGGAGUUGACCUGCUAAACACCUGCACAUACACCAGGAUUCCGACGAUGAUCGGGGAAAUUAGUAAGUCCUCGGUGGAUAACACAAUCCCGGUAAUGAAAAUAGACCCGGAAACGAUAGAUUUGUGUUUAAACAGACUGAAAAUACACUUCUACGUCCUGUUUAAGCUGAGUGAGUGCUCGAGAGUCUGUAAAGUGGAUUUUAACAACGGAGUGUGCUGCUUUACGAGGGAAGACUUUUUCCAUAUAGAGCUGCUGUAUGACUUCAGCCAGUAUCAAAUCACGAAGUUGAAGCUGUUUAUAAACAAUUACUAUGUAAACAAUAUGGUUAACAUAAUGAACUAUGUUUUAAACCAUCAGGAUCGCAAAGUGGACAACAUAUUUGACAUAAUAUACAAAAUAACAAAUAGUUAUAUCGGGAAGGUAAUAAUGAAGUAUCUGUACAAGCAAGUGAUAAACUAUAACAACAAUAAGUACAUAGUGUACAACUAUGAACACGUGCUGAAUGAUGGGAAUUAUAGCGUUAAUGAAACGAGUGAAGAGAAGGAGGUAGUUGAAAGGUUAAAAGUAGAAUGCUAUAACAAAUAUAAGAGUAAAAAGGAAAGAGGACUGGUGAUGGUGUUCACGAGGAAGGAAAACGGAGAUGUGAAUCUGAGAGUGGACCAGUUGAACCUGAGUUACCCAGGAGUUCAUGACUAUAAAUUCGACUACUGGCUGCACAAAAUGUCAGAUGAAUUGGAAAAACACCAAUUGGAAGCAUAUAGAAGUAAGGCGGAGGUGGUGAAUAACCAGUAUAAUCAGCUGCUAGAGUUGAUAGAGAGUGAGUGCGGAAAUAAAAAAGUAACUGAAGGUAAUAAUUUGUUUAAACACCAUAGGGUCAGUGAGCUUUAUUUGAUUGAAGAUGGAGCCGAAUUAAAAAAUGGAGUUAAAUUAGAGGAAUUGGAACAAAAUAAAUUAGGUCAACUAAGAAGAGAGGAGCAAGUGUGGAUGAAUAGAUUUAACGGCUCACUUAAUUUUCAUGAUUACACGGGGGAAUUUAACCUGAAUGAAGCACACGGUAUACUAAAAUUGAAUAAAAUAACACAACUGUUAGAUGUAAAGUAUCGUAAGUAUGAACCUUUUGCAAUGAAUGGUGCUCCAGAAAUGAAUGUGACGUGUCCAGUGUGUAGGCUGGAAAGUGAAUUAUACAGCAUGAAUAGAUAUGGUGACAAGAGUUACGGAAAAGUCAAAGCUGGCCACGAACACAAGGUUGACGUCAAGGUAGAAGUUAAACGGGAGCCGGAUGUUAAAGCCAGUAGCCAUGAAGGCAUGGAAUUAGAUGAGAAUAGAGAGGAAAGGAACUAUGAUGAGGAAGACAUAGAUAACCACCUGGUGAGUGUGCUGUUGGCCAACAACAAGUGCCUUAUGCACAACAGUAAUAACAACCUGCACGUGCUGGGAAUGUAUCAAGUGCACCCGCUGUAUGGUGGAAAGUUGCCUGACCGCAAAGCUAACGUUUAUAUUAAUGAGGAGGAUAACGAUUUCGGACUGAGGCUGGUGCUGAACGUGCUGGUGCACGACUACGUCACGAUAGGCAACAACCUGGCGGUAUUCGAUGGCACGAGUAACGCGGUGGGAACAGUGGAGUUGGAAUGUCUGUAUCAGGAGUCCAUGAAGGAACGGCUUCUGACCAUACUGAGUGGACUGCUGAGUUUAGAGUUUAUGAACAGAAAACAGGGCUGGGAGCGUGGCUUCUCGUCAGAUGCGUACAGUAGGCACUUCGUGACGGAGCCGAUAGACAGGGAAGUUAGGCUGGCAGUGUUUAAGUUCAGCGAGUUGAAUCUGUCAGUAACGUUCAAGGACGGCCUGUUUUACAAGGUGUGCAAGGACGGCAGGGAAACGAUGUUCGGAAACGACCAACACCCGGACGCGUUCAUGAGUAAGAUUCUAAGUCAAGGCAGACGAUAA